AUGAAUCCGAAGACAAAUAAAACAAGAGCUGUUCUUCACCACGCAAAAGCCAAGCGGAGAUUUACCUCAGCAGUGCAUGCACUAAGGGUAAUCCUGUUUUUACUUCCUCCAUCUUCAGCGAGGAGCAGGGUUAGCCCGGGACAGCUGGUCAAACCCCGAGAAACCGAUCCGCCGGAGCCCGAGCACAUCUCCCCCGCCGGCCGGGCUCGCGCAGACGCCCGCGGGCGGAGGGCGGGCUGUCGACGGCGGCGGGCGGCGGGCGGCGGGCGGCGGGGCCCGCAGCGCGGGCAGGCGGACGUGCGCGCGCGCGCGUGUGUGCGCGUGUGUGCGGGGCCUGGGUGCCUGAGCCUGUGCGUGUGUGUGUCUGUGUGUGUCUGUGUGCGCGCGUGUGCGCGCGGGUUGGCGAGGGCGCGUGUGCGCGUGUCUGCGCUCUGGGCCGCUCGGCGCGCUCGGCAAUCGAUUACAGGACAAGUGCUGCCCGGCGGCUCCGCGACGCGCGCACUCCCUCGCGCCCACCCGCGCGCCCGGCCGCGUCGUCCCCGGCCCUGCGGCCCCCCAGACGGCAGACCCCGCCCCCAAGGGGGGGGACCAGGUAACCUGCUUCCGAGACUGCCAUGGCGACACCCCACCCGCUCCCCCCAAGUCUCAAUCAAUCUCACGUUUUCUGCCGGCUGGGAAGGAAGGAUUGGAGCGGUGAAGGGAGGUUCAUUUCGGCCGCUUGAAGUUUUCUUUCCAACUGGGAUUUGUGGCGAGGCCGGGCGGAGGGAGCGGGACGACGACCCGGGCGCCCGACGCGGAGCUCAGGCAUCGGCGUCCUGGCCGGAGCCGGGGUGUGCGCCUGGACCCACCCACUCAGGCUUCGCAAUAAACUGUGCAGUGCAAUUCAGAAAACGGCACCGGGGAGUCCAGGACGCGAAUCAGGAUGAAUUGAGGGAAUGAAUUGAGAAGGAAAUUCAGGGCUUGUGCCGCAUUCACCAAAGUCAAAGGAGCGGGUGAGGGUCCAAAAAGUUGGUCCGGGGGAAGUGUCGCCGUCACUACCAGAUCAUGGUAUGUCCAACUCACCCCAAAGAAGUCAAGGUUAUGUUUACAUACUAAACCAGGGGUUCUAUUUCAUCCUCUGCAGUCGAAUAAUCCUGGCUCUGAGACUCACAAUUGUACAUGUAGAAAGGAACCUUUGUAUAAACUUUAGUAAUUCACUGCGUUCACAGUUUUUCUCUACAGUAUUUUUAUAGUGGUUAGAGGAUGUAUUUAUUUCCAUCCUUUGCUGUAACUACUCUACACACAUUUUAAAAGUACGUAUAUGGUUAUACUAUGAGUAAAAAUGUAUCACUAGGGAAGUGCAGUACCAUAUAAAUAUUCACUUUGGGGGAUUAGCGAGGCGGUGGGAGAAAACAUACCCACACCCACCAUUUUUCAAAUAGCUGCUUCUUUCUCAUUUCUUUUUGUCCCAUCCCACCGAAACUGUGCCUACCCAGCGCCAACCCUUAUCUUAGCUUUUUGCACAUUUCUUUCAUUAUACAACUUGUAAAUUUUUUUAUUUGUUGAGAUUUAAAAGAAAAUAUGUCUCCCCCCCCAACUAGAAUGUCAUCUUUUUAAGAGCAGAGAUUAUGUCUGUCCUGCUAACAAUUGUUUUCUCAGAACUAGCACAGUGUUUGGCACAUCAGUCCUCAAUAAACUUUUACUAAAUGGAUGAAUGUAGAGCUAAUCACAUAUUCACCUAGCUUUGUGUGUUAAACUGUUUUUAAGGGACAAAAAGUGUAGGAUAACAAAGAUAUAUUCUAAUUCCAUAAAGAUUUUGGUCAAGUCUUGACUCAUGAGUAAUGUUACCAACAUCAUUAACAGGUCAACUCUCUGGCUUAUGUUCAUGUGAAGAAUGUGAAUACGUUCAUAGAUAAUAUAACUUUUAUAAAUAUAAAGAGAAAGAGGGGUUAAAAUUGCGUAUCAAAUAUAAUUUUGUGUAAAAUGCCUUUAUGUUACCGCUCUGUUUCAUAAACAAAUUAUUUCAUGUUAAUGCCUGGUAAUUUAUAAACUAGGUUCACAAAGAAUGCAACAAUUUAUUCUGUAAUUGCUAAAUGCAAUUAGCAAAAGAAACUUUUUAAAAGGCAGUGUAGGUAAAAGGUACAUUAUGAAGUAUUUGUUUUCGUUCGAUGGCAUGUUUCAUCUGUGUUAGAUUUAAAAUCCCUAGUACCUUUUAAAGAAAUUUUAAUAACAGGGAAUUUAACAAAAA